AUGGCGCUACUGAUCGAGCCGUGGUACCAGCACUUCUUCAGCCGGGGCCUAGAGCGCCGGGUGAAAUACUGGCCGGUGACAGAGAUGGGCAUGUGCGAGUCCAUCAGGGAUGCAGUCGACUGGGGCAACGCCAACCCCGGUGAGGCCGAGCGCGUCAGCCGGCGCGGCCAGCGGCUCGUGUAG